AUGGAUAUGGAAGUUCGUGAAGAAUUUGAGAUUUGGUCUGGACGUUUUUAUAAGGGAACAAAAAAGAUUUUGGAAAGCGGCUCUAAAUUACCAAAGUUAUUAAAAGACAUCCAAUGCAUGUUUACUCAACUAACUGCUGAAGUAGAUCUGUUAAAAGUUCAACGUGAAUUAGUACCUUUUGCAAGCUCUUUACCUUUUAAAGGUCGUUAUUAG